AUGAAGUUCAAGUCUAUCACCCUCAUUUCGACCCUCCUGGCCGUCGUCCCCUCCCACGCUGCCAUCUCCCUGUCGACCAUCACCUCCACCUCCUUGGAGACCUUCACCCAGACCUCCACUGCAACAGUCGCCAUCACCACCACCACCAGCACCUGUAACGUCGCCAAUGGACAGCCCGCGGCUACCACCUGCGUGGCCACCGUCUGGUCGUCGGCAGGCACCUUCUUUAAGCAGUACUGCUCCUCCUCCUGGCUGCACAGCGGCACAGCCAUCACAACCAUAAGCAGCAUUAACUGGAGUCAAUGCAUGAGCCAUUGCAUCCAAACGGCCUCCUGCUCAGGCUUCAACUAUAUCAGUGUCGCUGCCGCCAAUGCGGUCCUCUGCUAUCCCUAUGAAGGCAGCAUGGUGGUCAUGAAUGCCGGCUCCAUCGAUCAAGCCAUGAUGAUGACCACUGUCAACCCCUGUCUCGCCACCAUCACCACCUCCACCACUUCAACUGAAGUCAAUGUCCUCACCACAGAGGUCACUUCCGUCUAUGUUUCCACCAUCACUCUAACCCCUACCCCUACCCCUACCCCUACUCCUUCAUCCACCCCUACGCCUUCAUCCACUCCCUCGGAAUCCUCCUCUGCUGUGUCUACCCCGUCCAUCUCAGCUGCAUCCACCCCUGGACAAGACUUUGUUACCGUCGUCUCGACCAUCUUCUACACUGAGAUGUUCACUGUCGGCUGUUCCGCCUCGGCUUACUGA